GUUAUAAUUACGCCUAUCGGUUAUUUUUGACCAAACAUAUUGGUGUGCGUAGAAUAAAGCCAAUAUAUUAUCGGGGUACCGUUUUCCUCCGUAGUGUUGGGAGCGGGAUCAUAAACUAUACGAAUUUGAUACAUACUUCAUUGUUUAAAAAUGGAGAAAAUCAAGGUGUACGAACUCAGGAACAAAACCGAUGCUGAACUCUUGAAGCAACUGGAAGACCUCAAGCAAGAGUAUGCAUCUAUGAGAGUGCAGAAAGUAACAGUGACUUCUACGUCCAAGUUGUCGCAAAUCGGUGUUAUAAGGAAGGCCAUCGCCAAGGUUCUUACAGUAUACAACCAACGCAAGCGUGAGGAGGCCAGAAAACAGUACACAAAAAUAUCUGAAAUGCCUCUUAAUAUGAGACCCAAACUUACCAGAGCCAAGAGAAGAGCACUUACCCCAAAACAACUCCACCUCAAGACCAUUAAGCAGCGCAAGAAAUGCGAAAACUUUCCUAAACGCAAAUAUGCCUUAUUGGUAUAGAAACACGCACUUUAAUCGUAUGAGGAUGUAUUGU